AUGUUUGUGAUGAGAUUCGGUCCGAUGCAUCAUCAGCAAGUUCUCACUCUAGUCCUGGUUAUUCACUUGUCUUUCCAAGCAACCCAAUGCGCAUUUUCUUGGGGCAAUGAAGGAAAAACCUUACAAGAGCCGUUGAUCACGAGAGUCAAAGACAACAGACCGUCGGUGGUUGAGAUCCUUGAAGACUCGACCCCUCUGACUGCCGACGAAAGAGAAACUAUCGAGCUUCACAUUUCCGGUAACCCCCAGCUCCAAUAUGGUGGUGUUGACAAAGCGAAGGCAAGUGUGGAAGAGCUUCCAAGAUCGGAGGUCAACAAAAGAAAGGUGAUGGAGUCGAGACUGACAGAUUUGAAGACUCUGCGCGAUUCCCUGCACACACUCAAGCGAAACCCUGAGGCUGAAGCAUUCUUAGAGUAUCAAAACCCGACGGAUUAUUCAAGCUCGUAUCCUUGGAAUCAACGUCACCCCUUAUUUAAGCUCAUCCAACAAUUGGACAACAUACAUCAAUCCAUUGAGAAAACCCAUCCCGCUAUAGUGGAUCCCCGGAGAGCACUGAUAGUGAUCGCAGAUCCGAAUCCAGGAGAGAUCGAAGCACUGGGGAUCCAAUAUAUUGAGCAACUCACCAAACUGUUAUCCAGUACCCAAGCCAACUAUAUUCCAGUAUUCGAGUCGCAUUUCUUGAAUCUUGAAAGACUCACAUGUGAAACGAUAUACUUCUUCUACAAGCAUCAGCUGAUAACGCGACCAAAACUCGGCGAUCUACUCACAAAUCAAGUCGCUUCAAAUUCAUUCGUCAAACACAUCCUACAAUCCUUUCUUUAUGAUCAGAAAAACACCGGCGAUCAUUGGGCUCCUCUGGAUGCAGAAAACAUCCUCAACCAUUGGUUGUACUUCUCUUGUGGGAAUAUGUUUGAAGGUCUCCCGGAAAUACACAAGAACAUCUUUAAAUAUGACCUCAACAAAGCCGUUUUUGAGGCCUACCAAGCUUAUCCCGCAGACAAAAAGAAUGCAAGCUUAGAACGGAAGAUGGAAGAAAUAAAGGAUCUCGUAUUCAGCAAGAAUCCCACUAGACCAGAAAACGUUCUGAUCGAUCCCAGUGGAGAUUCAAGAACAACUGUUGUGAGUGUUGAGACUGCAAGCCUAAUAGAAUUGGCGAAUGCAUUCGGACCUCCUCGGCAAGAGCCACGACGGCCUUCGGAGUUAUCUCAUCUAUAUCAAGCGAUGGAAUAUUUCUCCAACACCCAACCGAAUUCAUUUGCCACAGCUCAUCAAACCAGUCCGACGCUGAAAACGAAGCUCUACUUGAUGUCCGAAAGCACCCAGGUUCUGAGAGACAUCCAAAACCUUCAACUGUAUCUCUCCAAGAAAUUCCGGCCAGCUCGGUGGCUAGAUUCGAUCUUCGAGCAGCCUGCAUCAACCCUCGACUUCAACUCUUUCGGUCGUCUAGGAGAACUCGAUCUUUUGGCAAAUUAUGUCAGACUGAUCGAUCAGAAUUAUUCGCGCCAAUUAGGUGUCAUGUGGACACUCAUCGAAUUUCAUCAGUAUUGUCAAUUCCAACCGUUUGUGAAGAGCUUGAAGGCGGCCAAAGCCAUGCUCACCAGAAUUGCAGAAUCCUCUUGA